AUGCACGCGAUAAAGGGUACGAGCCCACCCGAGACAACUCCCGCCGCACAUUCUUCUGGGAUAAGGACCGCUUCGAGGUCACCGACGACGACAACUACGCGAAGCGUGUUUUCUUCAGCAAUCCCCAGCCGCCGUUCGCCGCGAAAGCCCAGACAGCCCCUUUCCUUUACAAUCGGCCUGUCUGCGCCAGACGGUGGCAGCACCGUCAAGAGCGUUAGAUUCGCCGACCGUACUGUCGUGGAUUUAACGAAAGAACCACAGCCGAUCCGAGUGCUGGACGGUAUGUACCAGUCACUGGACCGAGUUGACGCAGGCGGAUUCAACCCCGGAGACGCCCUCGUCGCCAUGCAAUUUCUCAAGGAACAGCAACCGAACGCUGUCGAAGAUCUCACAAAGAUGAUCAAGGCUACCAAGAUCGCUGAUACCCCCGAGAAAUGGGCCGCUAGUCUCCUGGAGGGUUCUAACGAUGUCAACUCACCUUCACCUAGUGAGGAAGAGGAAUCAAAUGGGGUAUCAGGGUGUCCAUCAAAAACAAUGCAUCCUAUUCUAGUCCAUAUCCUCAAACCAAAGACGGAGAUUCUCCCGGCGCCCAAUUACCAGAUACACAAACAAGCCCGCUGGGCCAUGUCGCACGCUUAUCGAGUCGCCGAUACAGACGUAGCUUCAACUUCGUCACUAUGGUCGCACAACGCCUCGGUGGAGAGCCCUGUCUAUGAGAACUGCACAUGCGGUGCCGACAGCGGCAACACGUACGGCAACUUUGCCAGGCGCAUAUUCACAUCUUGCCACGACAAGCCCCUUCGCACGGAGGCGAUCAGAGCAGAUAUCAGGAUGAGAUGGCAGCUGCUGACGCACAGGCUAGCCUCGUCGGAAAGAACACCCUCGCCGUCCGAGCGGACUUUACAUCAGUAG